AUGCCCGAAAUCAUUCCUUCUCUCCUUAUCGCCGGGGACAUGAACUAUUGCUUUGACACCAACACUUACCAUCACUCUCACCGAGCAGGUAAACCGAAACAGUUUAUGGAAUUCUUGAACACCCACUUCUCUGAUUGCCUCAAUCCGAGAAAUGAACCUCAUGCAUACACCUUCGAGCGUGGAUCAACCAUGUCUACUUUGGAUUACAUGUUUGCUGGACAGGAUAUAGCUUCAAAUAUGAGUGAUGCCACCAACUCGUUUCUACGUCCUGAAUGGACUGACCAUGCUCUUGUGACCAAAACUUACACAACCGGAUUGACAAACUGCGGUGAAGGCAUUUGGCGUGUAAACCCUCACCUUGCCAAAAAUCCUAGGUAUAGACAGAAGUUGGCUGGUGAAAUCGAGAGAUUCGUGUCUACCAAAUUGGACUACAAUCUUUCAGCUCAAGACAAGUGGGACCUGAUCAAGCGGAAGACCAAACAGGUUACUAUCAACUUUGCUAGACACCAUGAUACUUGGAGAAAGGCCAGAAUCAAGGCGCUGCAGAGCGAGAGGAAUAACUUGCUGCGACGCUACCGGAAUGACAUUGAGUGCUUGAAACUGCUGCUGCCGGACGUGGAGGGAGAGCAAUCCAAGCUACAGCAGGAAAUUGUGGAGAUUCAGAUGUUGAAAGCAGGCCGCCGAUGGUUGGAGCAGAGUGAGAACUCCCCAGGAUAUAUCAAACACACCAUUGAUCAGCGUGUUGACCAACGGACAAUUGCAAUGUUGAAACAUCCUAGCACUGGAGAUGCUUGCCUAGACACGGAAACCAAACUCAAUGCUGCUGAAUCCUUCUAUCAGGAUCUGUACACGGAGGAGCCAAUUGACAUGGAUUGCUUGAAUACCAUGCUCGGUCAUAUUGAUCGUACGGUAUCACCGGAGGAUGCUACAAUGAUUAUGGAGCCAAUUGACUAUGAUGAUAUCUUGGACGGUGCCCGUCGAACCCCCAAACAGAGUAGCCCAGGACUGGACGGCAUUGGCUAUGAGAUACUUUACCUCCUUGUCUCUCACCCAAGCUGUCGUGAUAUUAUCCAUCAGGUAUUCAAUGACGCUGUUCGUUUGGCAAAGUUCCCAAAAUCUUGGCAGGCCUCAUGUAUCAUUAUCUUACACAAGAAAGGUGACAAGAGUGACCUAGCUAACUAUCGUCCCAUCACACUGACUGCAGCGGAUUGCAAGGUCUUUACUCGCAUCAUGAACUCCAGAGUUGUCCAAGUGGCUAACAGGAUUAUCACCCCUUAUCAAUGCGGUUUCUUGCCCGGCCGUUAUAUUGGGGAUCAUGGAAUGUCUCUCCAGAUGAUUAUCGACAAUGCUCAGUCUGCUAGCUGGCGGAACCUCUCCAACUUUAUUGCCUAUGCUGGCAUCAUGCUUAAUAAUGCCAAGGCCUAUGACCGGGUCCACCCAAAGUAUCUCUCCCAAGUACUGUUAAAGUUUGGCUUCCCUGAAGCGUUUGUCACAUGCAUUACCAACCUGUUCUUCGAUAACUCCAUCUAUGUCAAUGUGAAUGGCUUCUUAACCGGUGCAAUCUCUCAGCGACGAGGGAUUCGUCAAGGUGAUAGUAUCUCGCCAGUCUUGUUCAAUCUGGCCAUUGAGCCGUUCCUACUCUCCAUAGUCAACAAUGUGAACCUCUCAGGAUACAGCCUGCAACACGUCAAGCUCCUGCACCAAAUACAGAACCCAUGGAUAUCUCCUGCUCCCAUCAAGGUCCUUGCGUACGCCGACGAUGUCCUAUCGUUUGUGAAAUUGCAAGCUGAAUUGGUAGAGCUACAAGAACGUCUACGAGUAUACAAUCGAGCUUCCAACGCCAAGAUCAAUUACAGCAAAUCCGUCGCCUUCCCUCUCCACGACAGUGCCAUGAAGUCCACUGACGGCCAACAGAUCAAGCAAUAUGUCACCACACAACUGCAAAUGAAAUGGUAUGAUAGCCACUCCACCGAGCCAUCAUCGCCCACCAGCUCACACUCCAACCAUUUGUACACAACAAUAGCACUGGUGACACUGAUUUCCAGUCCUUUCUCGACUCAUUGA